AUGUCAUCUCAGCUGGACAAGGCAUUACUACACAUGUCCCUGGAAGAAGAAGAAGAUGAACCAUUCAUCUUGCCAGAUACACCAGAAUACUGUUCUGCAGGGAGAAAUUCGCUGAGUUUGGUGGGUCGUCUUCUGAACCCAUCUUGCCAAAGGAUGUCUGACCUGAUUCUGGACAUGCCUCGAAAAUGGCAACUCUAUGAUCGUGUCAAAGGCGUGGCGCUCUCGAAGGAAAGGUUCCAGUUCAUAUUCAAGUAUGAACACGACCUAUUGGACAUUCUCAACAGAGGAGUUCACACCUUUAAGCUCUGGCCCAUUGUUAUGGAAAGAUGGGUUGAAAAACCUCCUGAGGAUUAUCUCCAACACAUCAUGGUAUGGGUUCAGAUGAGGAAUAUCCCGGUUAAUCACUACACAACAAAGGCUCUGUGGGCGUUGGGAGAUUUUGCGGGCAAGGUUGUGGAGGUGGCUUUCGAUCCAGAGAAACCCCAAGUAAGAGAAUACAUAAGAGCUCUGGUGAGGUUUAAUGUGGCUAGACCGCUCAGAAGGUUUAAGAAAGUUACUAUUCCGGGAGGAGAAGAAGUGAAUAUCAGGUAUGACUAUGAGAGGCUGCAGAAAAGAUGUUAUACCUGUCAAAGGCUCACUCAUGAGAAGGAGCAAUGUCCUUUAUACCUUAAAAAAGGCGAGGAAGUGGGGAACUCAAUGCCCUCGACAGCAGAAAGUAAGAGAACGGAGAUCACUGAGCGUCUUAAUAAAGAGGACCCUCUCUUCGGGAUUAUUCCUGAUAAGCUCCUCGGAGUUGACCUGGCUUCAGGAAAACCUAAGAUUGCGGCAGAGGUAUUGGAGGGAAUGCGUACCUACCUGAUGAUCGCUGAAGGACCUGAAAAAGUAGCAAGAGCUGAAAGAGUUAAAAGAUCAUUGGAGGAUUUGGAAAAUGAUCCGAUUGGAAGAAAGACGGCGCUAAUGCUUGAGGCUCCACCAACCAUGACUACUGAUCUUGAUAAAGGCAAGGGGGUGGUCUUUGACUUCAGUAGCCAAGGAAGAGAUACAACGAACUCCAACAAGCUGAUGGCUUCUGCAAUUGUAGCAGGAGAAAGGGUCCUGCAAUCUGGCAAAGUCGUGUCUGAGCUGCCAACUAUGGGACACCUUACUGGUUCUCUCACUUCUACCUUUCAACAGGGAAGUUCUACGGGUUUUAAUGCCGGUUUCUAUGAAACUAGUGCUUCCGGGACUAACCUGAAGAAAGGGAGAGCCAGAAGGAGACCUGGAACGUUUAAGCGCAAGAACAUUGGCAAAGCUGUGAUGAAGGAGGACAAAGCUGGUGGUAAGAAGAUUGGGGAGGGUGUUGUCACUGAUACAAAAAGGAAGACAAGGGAAGAUGUCGAGCCAUCUCAAAGCUCUGCAAGGUUUAAGAAACCAUUGGUGGUCCCAAGGGAGGGACCGUCCAGUAUUUGA